CAGUCCACGUCCUAGCCAGCCUCCCACUCCCUAAUCUCCGGUCCGCCGUUCUUGGUUCACCGCCGCCGUCGUGGUUUCCCAUCGUUCCUUUCCGUCCGUGGUGCGCUGGAUCCUUUCCAAUGCUGAAAUUCUUCAAUUAUUCCGAUUGAUUGCCUGGAUCGUCCAAUGCUUCCGCAUAUGAUUGAAUUAUCUUUCAUGCUUGAAUGCUUCUGUGUUCAAGAGUGCUGGUGGUAUUCCCUCUUACUACAAUAUUGAUGAUAAAGUGGAUAGUUCUGGAAUGGAGAUGAGCUGCCAAGAAAAUGUUGGUGGUAGUGAUAUUCCUGCAUGUUCUACAGCAGGGAAUAUUUCACAUCAAGACCAGCGUUUCAGUAGCUAUGUGCAGCAGCCUGCUUUUGUGAGUGGAUGGAUGUAUGUGAAUGAACAAGGGCAAAUGUGUGGUCCAUAUAUUCAGGAGCAACUAUAUGAGGGUUUAACUACUGGUUUCUUGCCAUUUGAGCUUCCUGUCUAUCCUAUGAUUAAUGGCACAAUAAUGAACCCUGUGCCACUGAAUUACUUCAAGCAGUUUCCUGACCAUGUCUCUACUGGGUUUGCAUAUCUGAAUUUGGGUUUCUCUGGCUCAGGGGUUCAUACAAAUGGUCCCUCCUCAUCUAUGGAUAUGGCAAUAUAUGGGCAGAAUCAGUCUCUUGACAAUGCUGCUCCUUUGGCUGUUAACUCUGGCUCGCAGUCAGUUCCGUAUUCACAUGGCAAUUACUGCAUUAAUGAACCUAACCACCAAUGUUCAAAGUCAGAGUUGUUCAACAGUAUGAUAUCUUCUCAGAUGUUAGGUGAAGAACGUUGUUGGCUUUAUGAGGAUGAAAAGGGCAUGAAACACGGUCCACAUUCUAUUUCAGAAUUGAUUUCCUGGCAUCAUCAUGGAUAUCUUCAAGACUCGUCAAUGAUAUCUCAUUUUGGCAAUAAGUAUGGUUCCUUUCUGCUAGUUGCUGCUGUAAAUGCUCUGAAAGGGGAUACAUCUGGAACCAUUUGUAGAUCAGGUUCCAACAACAAUGAGCUUGGUGGUACGGUAAACUUAAUCUGUGAAAUAUCUGAGGACAUUUCUUCCCAAUUGCACUUGGGUGUCAUGAAAUCUGCCCGCAGAGUUGUGCUCGAUGGGGUUAUAAGUGAUAUUAUUGCAGAAUUUUUUACUGAAAAGAAACACAAGAGGCAGAAGCUUGAUUCAACUAACCUGGCUUCUGAGACCUCCGUGGUUGACAGCAAAAGGUCAAAUGUUGCUGUGGAGAUUAGUAAAGAUACUGCUGUUCCGAGUGAGCAUGCAUCUUCCCAUAUUGCAGAUGAUCAGACUUGUCUUGAAAUUUCUAGACCAUCUUCAACAAGUUUUAAAUCGGUUGGAAGUGUUGAGAACUUUUGGUGGUCGUAUGCUGUUGUACGUAAAGUACUUGUUGAUUAUUGCAUGCAAGUCACGUGGAAUGCUGUAUUUUUUGACCCUCUAGCAGAGUACUUAUGUUCCUGGAGGAAAAAGAAACUUUGGUCUCAUCCUAAUCUUCAAAUAUUUGUUAAUGGUUGUGGAGAAUAUGAUGGAAAGAUUAAAUCUGAAGCUUUGCUUCUUGGGACAGGUUGUUCUAAAUACCCUACCGAUGGCUGUAAUCAGUUUGGAGUGCUGACAACAGGAACAGAUUCUCAUUCUAAGUUACCUUCUUUAUCUUCUAAUGUACCCAAAGAUGGAAAUUUAAUGGAAGGUCAAAGAGUUUCAUGCACUUAUAGUAACUCCAAAAAUUUGACAUGCAUUAUUGAAAGUGUGGAGAAUGAGCUUCACUUCUCUUCAAAGGUGUCUUUAGCUGAAUACUUUCGAAGUUUUGUUGAAAAGGAAGUGAACAAAAUAAUUCAUUCCCCUCAUGAAGACAAAUUGAGUAAGGUUGCUGUUAGUGUCUCUGGUUUCUCAGAACUACACACUGGUGAAACUCCUAUGAAGGAAAUUCUAAAUGACAAGUUAGUAGCUACUGUUAAGGCUGAAGAUUCAGUUUGUGAGCCUUCAUUAGCAAAUCAUAUGUCUAAUGUAUUCUCGAAUGCAUUUGAGGAGUUGUGUGGAGGUGUAGAAGUAGUUGAUGAAGGGGAAAUUGGUGAACUUCCACCUGGAUUUGAAGAGAACUCGCACACAAUUUUCCCACCACCGAAUUUGAAGAUUCGACCUUCAAGGGUAGCUGAAUGUAAUCCUAAGAUUACAGAAUAUGUUGCAACUGCACUGUGCCGACAAAAGUUGCAUAAUGAAGUCCUAGAAGAGUGGAAAUCCGCUUUUUUUUAUCCUACAUUGAAUCAAGCUUUUAUGUCUAAUAAGAAACGCAGUCAUUCUGGUAUUCAUGAGAAAGGAAAAGCAAAGAAAGCAAGGAAGGAACCUUUAAAUGAUGCUACUUCUGGACUGGGAAAGAUGAAAGGAGGAGCAAAAGGCUCUUCUGCAGUUCCUCUAGUUAAUGGAAAGUAUACAUACCACCGCAAGAAACUGUCACACAAAGAGUUGUGUUCCUCUCAAUCUGCUUCAGUGGAUGAUUCGAGGCCAGGGAAGCAGAACGUGUGUAAGUUAAGGAAUUAUGUUUUGGGAGAUUUGAAUGAAACUGCAGAAGUCAAAAUAGCUGCUAAGCGUGGAAAGGCUAGUGUGGUUAAAGGGAAGAAAGAUAAAUCUAAUAAGAGCAGGUCAUCUAUCAUUGUCAAUGGUAGCACAGAUGGUGAUCGAUUGUCCUUGAAGAAUAAAACUAGUUCGAAAGCAUUGAAACUUUCACAUACUGAUGGUGUUGUGGAUGCCGUAAAAUCUAAUGAAAGGAGGCUUUCUGCGUCAACAAAUAAUAGUGUUGGAAUGAAGAAGGUGGUUAAAAGCAAUGCUGAGGAUGUCCUAAAAUCAAAUGAAAAGAAGCUUUCAGCAUCAACAAAUAAUAGUGUUUCCAUGAAGAAGGUGGCUAAAAGCAAUUGCAGUGAUGGCACCAUUAAGGGGAAGGCUGCUGGUCAUUGCUCCAAACAGAGACCAAGUGCAAAUAAAAUGUCGAAACAAAAAAGGAAACAUUCAACAGAUGGUAUGCCAUCCUUACAUCCUGCCAAGUCUUUGAAAAUUUCAAACGAUGGUGCAAAGCAUGGAGCAAGCAAACAUGCUACUAUUGCAAGGAGGAAUUCUGCCAAAUCCAAGCCAUUGAAUUUAUGUCCUAGAUCUGAUGGAUGUGCUAGGACUUCCAUUGAUGGGUGGGAAUGGCAUAGAUGGUCUCAAAGUGCUACUCCUGCAUAUAGAGCACGUGUCAGGGGCAUUGCCUGUAUACAAAACAAGUGCAUAGAUUCAGAUAAUAAUUUAUUGCAGCUAUCGAAUAAUAAGGGUCUUUCUGCAAGAACAAAUAGGAUGAAAUUGCGCAACCUUCUUGCUGCUGCCGAGGGUGCAGAUCUUCUGAAAGUGCCUCAAUUGAAGGCAAGGAAAAAACGAUUACGUUUUCAAAGGAGCAAGAUACAUGACUGGGGUCUUGUUGCAAUGGAGCCUAUAGAGGCAGAGGACUUCGUGAUUGAAUAUGUUGGAGAACUAAUUCGUCCUCGGAUAUCUGAUAUCCGUGAACGUCAGUAUGAGAAGAUGGGAAUUGGAAGCAGUUACCUUUUCAGACUUGAUGAUGGUUAUGUGGUUGAUGCUACAAAGAGAGGUGGGAUUGCAAGAUUUAUUAACCAUUCUUGUGAGCCCAACUGCUAUACAAAGGUCAUCUCUUUCGAGGGUCAAAAGAAGAUUUUCAUAUAUUCAAAACGGCAUAUUGCUGCUGGUGAAGAGAUUACUUAUAAUUAUAAGUUCCCGUUGGAGGAUAAAAAGAUUCCCUGCAACUGUGGUUCCAGAAAGUGUCGUGGAUCACUUAAUUAGUCAGGGAUUGAGUCUUUAAUUCUGGAUCAUGCUCCCAUUGGAUAUCAUUUUGAAGAUUUGAAGACUCUGCUAGCUUUAUAUUUCCUCAGACAUCAACUUGGAUGAGUUGCAUUGCAAGAGUACCUGUUUAUGAGCAUAUCUUGCUAUGGAUCAUCAUCAUUGUUGAUAGGCCAAUGGUGAUUGAUAUACAAUUUGGGUCGCCUCCUUGUUCGGUGAUGAAAUAACUCGCGUGCACUCUUGUAGACUUUUUGUGGCAGUUGAGUUUCUCCUCUUAGAAGCUUUGCAGGAGUAGCUCAAGUAGGAAAAAACCGUGUUAGUUUUGCCGAGUUGGAUUGUGCCUACUGCCGGUUCCCAGCCCGGACAAAGGAGGAGGAUUGCAAGUUUCAAGCUUUCCAAAAUGUAAGUUUUUCAACCAAUUUUGGCUGCCAUUUCACUUCACAGCCCAUGUAGUUGAAAUAUGUACACUUUUCUCUUCUAAGGAAUGUUAUUUCUACAAUUGGGUAGGUUUGACCACCCAACUUAACAACUCAAAUUUUAUUAUGAUAGAUUUGACUAUUCCGGUAAUUUAUUAUUUUAUUAAAAAAAUUAUGUGAAAUAAUAUACACUACAUAAAUGCAUGCUGGUUGACUUGAUGGUUAAUAAUUUAGUUGUGUGUGUUCGUGUGGUAUUUUUAUUAAUUCAAACCACUUUUAUUAAAAACCUUUCUACUAGCCACUAAAAUUUGAAACAUGUUUGAGGCAUAGGAUUGUAUGUUAGUAUCUCCACUAGUGACAUUAAAUUCGAAGAAUAUAAUUAAAGCAUAUUUGAAACAUUAUGGAUAAUUUAAAAAAAAAACGUAUUAAGAAUGAUUUUGAAACUUGUAUUUUACAUGAAGAACAAAAUUUCAAGAAAAACACCAUAUCAUGCACUUCUAUUUUACAUUGAUUUGAAAUUGAUAAAUUUAGUUAAUAUUUAAAUUUUAGUUGAUCAAGUUUAGUUUUAAUUUAAUUCAAAUUGGAUCCAGAUAUACUUAUCUUGUUCAUACAAAGUUUACUUUGGAUCAGUUAUCCUCUACCCAUUGAGGUGUCCUACAAACCAACGGGGGAGUUGUCACUCUCUCUAACAAUAGAUUUAUAAUAAUACAAAAAUUUCAGCCAUCGUAUAAGAAAUAAGAAUAUAGAUAUUUGAUGCUUGUAAAAAAAGUAACUAUGUUAAUAUAAAAUUAUUUGAUUAUUCUAUCAUGACAAAUUUGAUUUUGUUAUGAGACGUUUAAUUAUUUUGUUCGAAAAAAUGUGUAAAACAAAUGUAUAAAUAUAGAUAAAUACAUCAGAACUGAUUUAAUGAC